CACUAAUAAAGUUGAAAGGACUUCCGAUUGCUGCCUUUGCACGCUAUAACAACAAAUUAAAAAGCCAAAUAAAACAUCUAAUUUCUCUUGUAAGUGAUUUGGUGUCGAAAAUCAAAAAUUAAAGAAGCAACCAGCAACAAUCAACAACAAGAUUAAAAGAGAGAUUUAAUUAACAAAUAAAAAUGGAAAUCAACGACACAAAUUUACAAGCACUGGCCAGUUAUUUACAACAGACCCUGUCUCCAGACAAGGAUAUCCGAAAACAAGCAGAGAAGUUCCUUGAAUCCGUUGAAAUAAACCAUAAUUAUUCCCUACUUCUGCUUCACUUGAUGGAUAAAGUGGAAGUGGAUAUUCACAUCCGUGUCAGUGCUGCUGUCACGUUUAAAAACUUUAUAAAGAGAAAUUGGAGGGUGAUCGAGGAGGCGGGGAAUAAGAUCCCAAUGGAAGAUCGUAGCGCCAUUAAACAGCAUAUCGUCGGUCUUAUGUUAAAAAGCACCGAACAGAUACAGUUGCAGCUAAGCGAUGCCAUUAGUAUUAUCGGUCGAGAAGAUUUCCCGGAUAAGUGGCCGAACCUUAUCACGGAGAUGGUGAGCAAAUUUCAAACGGGAGACUUUCACAUUAUAAAUGGUGUCUUAAGGACUGCCCAUUCGAUUUUCAAACGUUAUCGACAUGAAUUCAAAUCACAGGAAUUAUGGACUGAAAUCAAAUUUGUCCUUGAAAAUUUUGCUAAACCAUUUACAGAACUUUUUGUGGCUACCAUGGGACUCGCUCAAACCCAUGCCAAUGACCCGGCAGCUCUCAAAGUCAUCUUCAGUUCCAUCUCCCUAAUUUGUAAAAUUUUCUACAGUUUAAAUUUCCAGGAUUUACCGGAACAUUUUGAAGACAAUAUGACAAUAUGGAUGACACAUUUCCUAACUCUCCUUAGUGCCGAUAAUAAAUUACUCCAAACUGCAGAUGAAGAAGAAGCUGGCCUCUUAGAACAAGUCAAAUCUCAGAUAUGCGACAAUGUGGCUCUCUACGCCCAGAAAUACGACGAAGAGUUUUCAGCACAUCUACCUAACUUUGUGACGUCAACCUGGAAUCUCCUCACAAGCACUGGACAGGAAGUGAAAUAUGAUCUUUUGGUUAGUAACGCCAUUCAAUUCCUUGCUUCCGUUGCCGAGCGACCAUCUUAUAAGCACCUGUUUGAAGAUCCUGGAACAUUAGCCAGCAUCUGUGAAAAGGUUAUCGUCCCAAAUAUACAACUUCGACAAGCAGACGAGGAAUUGUUUGAGGAUAAUGCAGACGAAUAUAUUCGUAGAGAUAUUGAGGGGUCGGACGUUGAUACCAGAAGACGAUCAGCCUGUGAUUUAGUUCAGGCUUUGAGUAAAUCAUUCGAAGGACCCGUUAUCGAAAACUUUUCAAAAUAUGUACAAGGCUUGUUAGAAGAGUACACGAAAAAUCCGGCUCAGAAUUGGAAGAAUAAAGAUGCUGCCAUUUAUCUUGUUACAUCACUUGCUGCUAAAGGUCAAACCCAAAAACAAGGAGUCACACAAACAAGUGGAUUGGUGAAUAUGACUGAAUUUUUCGAAAAUCAAAUUUUACCCGAUUUACAAUCUCCUAAUUUAGAAGAAAAUCCCAUUUUAAAAGCAGGGGCAAUUAAAUAUUUAAUGGUGUUCAGGAAUCAAUUACCUCAACCAGCCCUGAUUACAAGUCUGCCGAGUUUGAUUCAUUUCUUGACGUCAAAUAGUAACGUUAUCCAUACGUACGCAGCCCAUUGUUUGGAACGUCUAUUUAUGGUGAAAAAUGCGACCGGUGGGCCAGCCAUUACGAUUAAUGACCUACAACCAUUUACCACGAACCUAAUGACCAAUCUAUUCUUAGCCAUGGAAAAACCUGGAUCAACAGAAAAUGAAUAUGUGAUGAAGGCCGUAAUGAGAACCAUGUCCUUGCUGCAAGAAAACAUCAUCCCUAUGGUUCCGGAAAUAUUGAAGAGUCUAACAGGAAAGUUACUUUUGGUCAGUAAGAAUCCUAGCAAGCCUCAUUUCAACCAUUAUCUGUUUGAAUGUUUGUGCGUGGCCAUUCGAACAACGUGUAAAAAACAUCCAGAAAAUGUGACCAGUUUUGAAGAAGUUUUAUUCACGCCUUUCACAGAUAUUUUGCAAGCCGACGUUCAAGAAUUCAUUCCGUAUGUUUUCCAGAUUCUGUCGCUAACGAUGGAAUUACAUGAUGAUUCAGUCCCUCCCACCUAUAUGGCUCUGUUUGCCCAUCUGCUGUCCCCAGUCCUUUGGGAGAGACCGGGAAAUAUACCCCCAUUGGUUCGAUUACUUCAAUCUUAUAUCGAAAAAGGAGCAAAACAAAUUGAAUCUGAACGAAUCAAUGGCUUAUUGGGAAUAUUCCAGAAACUCAUUGCCUCCAAAAGUAACGAUCACGAAGGUUUCUAUUUACUUAACGCCAUUAUUGAAUUUAUGCCGUUCGAACUUCUGAAAGAUUAUGUCAAGCAAAUAUUUAUUCUAAUUUUCCAAAGACUGCAAAGUUCGAAGACGACUAAAUACAUCAAAAGCGUUUUAAUUUUCUUUUCUUUGUAUGCCGUUAAGUUCGGAGCCCAAGCAUUGGUGGAGAUGAUCGAAGCCAUUCAGCCGAAAAUGUUCUCCAUGGUCGUCGAGAGACUUUAUUUACAAGAUUUACAGAAAAUAUCCGGUUCUACGGAAAAGAAAAUCUGUGCUGUUGGUGUGACAAAAAUACUCACGGAAGCUCCCAUAAUGCUUCAGGGGGAUUACAUCUCUCUGUGGCCUCAAUUGCUUCAAGCGUUGAUAGGACUUUUUGAACUGCCUGAAGAUGAUUCUGUGCCCGAAAAUGAACAUUUUAUUGAAGUUGACGACACCCCUGGUUAUCAGACGGCUUAUUCUCAACUUGCCUUUGCUGGAAAAAAGAGUCACGAUCCUCUUGGAAAUGCUGUCCCCGACGCCAAAAUAUAUCUGGUUCAACAACUUGAUGUUUUGGCGAAGGCCAACCCUGGUAAAAUUCCUCAGAUGAUCAGCAGUGGAGUUCAAGAGGAAGCCAAGAAUUAUUUACAGCGAUAUUUACAAGCGGCUAACAUUAAUUUGGUUUGAUUUUUCGAAUAUGGCUGUCUGUAAAUCGGAGCCGGAUUAAGCCUGUUGGAGAGGCUUCAGAGAUUAAAUAAUGAGUUGUUUAGUUUUUGAAUGCUGAAUUUAAAAAAAAACUACUGUAAAUUAUAUAUUGAAUGAAGUGUUCAAUUAAUACACUAUAUCUGUAAUAAACUUCACAACACAUUUGGGGGGGGGGGGGGCUCACAGUACCUGUAGCCCCAGAAAUCUUUAUCCAGCUCCUUUAUCAUCAUCCAACUUUAUGUGAAAGAUGCAAUAUUUAAAUCAUUUAAUUACCCAUUUUGUGUGAAGAUAAAAUAGACAGAACCUGCUGGUUCAUCUGAAGGUAAUAGUUGUUUAAUCUUUAGAAACUGUCCUCAGUAUAUGUAAAAAUAUCCAAAAGUGCUGUGUAUUGAUGAAUUGAUUUGGACAGAUGUCAGAAACUACUGUUUUGUUCAAGAAAUAAAAAUGGAGUCCAACUAA